CGCCUCCUCACCGUGCAUCAUUUCGGUCCCCAUCAGCUCUUUUGCGCCUAAAGACUAUCAAGCAUAUAUUAUCGCUCAUCUGCUCUGUGUCAACCCAAGUUUCGACCGGCUUUCAUUAAAUCAAGACCAGCCGCGGCUUUUACAAAUAUUGCGAUCAUGAAGUUCUUAUCUAUUGCCGCCGCAGCCCUCUGCGCCGCUCCCUUCUCCGUUACCGCUCGGUCAAUCGACUUCUUCAGCUCGCAGUCUCCGAUCGUUGCCAAUGGAAUUCCAGUCGAAGGCGACAACCCUCUAGAAUACUGCGCUAAUCCAUCCGACGAUGUGCUGAAAAUCGAAAAGGUCGACUUGUCACCUAAUCCUCCUCUCCCUGGCCGUACUCUCACGAUCGAAGCCAGUGGCACGUUGAAACAGCCGGUUGAGCAGGGCGCCUACGUCCUGAUCGAGGUCAAGUACGGUUUGAUUACUCUGAUCAGGCAGAAGGUCGAUCUUUGCGAGCAGCUCUCCAAUGUCGACCUCGAAUGUCCCCUUGACAAGGGCGAUCUGGUUCUGAGGAAGCAGGUUGAUCUUCCUAGCCAGAUUCCUCCGGGCAAGUACACGGUCCACGCCGACGUUCAGUCCGUCAACGACAAGCGAAUCACCUGCCUCGAAGCCCAUAACAUCGAGUUCAAGAGAGGCUAGAUUCCAGUUGCUUACUCCAAGGACCCGCCACUCAGGUUGUGAUGCAUAUCAGCUAUUGGUCAAGCUAGAUGCCUACGAGCUUCUCGGUCGCUUACCAUGAUUCUCUGAUUUUCAGCCUCCCCCGUCCUGUAUCUCUUGUUUUGUUUUGAAUCAGGUCGUUCUGUCCAUUUAUUCGCCCUAAGCCUGUCUGGUCUUGGUCAUGGCCCAUUAGUCAGGUUUUCACGCUUCAUGAUCCCUAUUAUUCACAUUCCUUGGCCGUGUUCUGUAUUCCAUGGCGUUUGGAGCAUUUGCUCAAGAGACAUAGCAUACUAUCAUAUCCUUCACGACUGUUACCAAUUGGUGUCAUGUCACCAUAGUACUAAUAGCAUGUGUAUCAAGAGUGCAUGAAGAGACAUUGUCUGCUACUGUAUCAAAGAACGAG